AUGGACGAUCUCAGUGACGAAAAGAAGUUGGUCAUCAAGGGUGGCUGUGCCUGCUGCGGCCUGGGGUGGCUGAUCUUUUUCAUCAUCUUGGGUACAAGUGUGAAAUAUGUCAACGAGCGGCAACAAGUGGUCUUCAUCUCCAACACCGGGCGCACCGUUGAGCAAGGGCCCUUUACCCGGAUCAUUUGGCCUUCCACCAGGCACGAGGUCCGGGACGCCAUCCAGGUGUCUCAGCGCGAGUACGCGGUGCUGCUGCAUGAGCGGUCCCAGUUGGAGCGCCAUGAGCCGGGGCCUGGCCAGGUCUUUAUGGACGCGUAUGAGGUGCUGCUCAGGAUCCAGGAAAAGAUUGUGCUUCAGAAGCGGGAGUACAUCCGUUUGAUCCACAAGAUGACGGGCCUUGAACGUGUCGUCCGCGGGCCUCAAAUCCUGGUGCCCGAGCCUCGGGAAGAGUGGCCCUCGGGCGUGGAGACGGCCAUCGUGAUCGGGCACACCAAUGCCGUGCUGGUGGAGAACAAGACAUCUGGCAUGAAGAGGCUGGUGACAGAGAAGGGCAUGUUUGUGCCGGCUCCAUAUGAGCGCAUCAUUGCAGAGAAGGACGCUGUGCUACUGGAGCCUUUGAUGUACGCAGUUGUGAAGGAUCAUCUUACAGGUCAGACCCGCAACGAGCUGGGCCCGCAGCUUCUUCAGGUGGGGCCCUACGAGGAGCUGUUGAACGUCAGCUCCAAGUGGGUUUUGGAGAAGGACUCCUACCUGCGCUUGGUGAACGGCCAGACUGGAGAAGAGCGGGUGAUGCAAGGUCCCUCCGUGGUUGUUCCUGAGCCGGUGGAGAGUGCGCCGGAUGGCAAGCAGAGAGCAGUGUACGUUGACAGUCAGACUGCUGUCCGGGUUGUGGACAGGCAGACGGGCCAGCAACGUCUGGAUGAAACCGCCGGGACGUUCAUCCCGCUGCCCUAUGAACGCAUCCUCGAAGUACAGCAGAAGACUUUGGUGUUGCCGCACCAGGCCUGCGUCACCCGAGAUGUUCAUGGCAGCGUGAACCUCGUCACUGGCGCCAGCGGUGCCACUGCCUUCUUUCUCCCGCCUCUUACUUCCCUCAUGGAGUUCAACUGGUCUUCCUAUACAUCUCCAGUUCUGGUGGAGCCUGUGCCCAAAGUUCUGCUCACGAUGAUCGAUUUGCGCGCCCAGAAGAUGUUCUUUCAAAACGAGGUCCGCACCAGCGACAACGUGCGGCUCAAGCUGGAGGGCACCAUUUUCUGGCAGGUGCAGGAUGUGAUGAGGAUGGUCUCCAUGACUUCGGACGUUCCUGGCGAUAUCUCCCAGCGCGCCCGCAGUGGCAUGAUCCAGCAGGUUGGAACGCUGACACUUGCGCAAUUUAUGGCCGGCUUCAACAACCUAACGCAGAACACCUUCAAUGCCCAGGCCGCGGACUCCUUCUACACCCUACGCGGUGUCGAGCUCCAAAGCUUGGAGAUCACGCGCUUCGAUUCCGUGGACGCGGCGACGGCACUGGUGUUGCAGGAUAUCAUCAAAGAAACCACCAUGCGCAUCAAUGAACUUCAGAAGCAGGAGAGCCAGAACGCCGUGAAUGCAGCAAAGCUGGCCGCUGACAUCUUGUUGGAGAAGCAAAGGACCGAGCUGAUUCAGACGCAAGCUGACAACACCAAGCUGGAGAAGCAAUUUCAAGGUCAGUCAGAUGGAGAAAAGAUGGUGCAAGCAGCCUUGGCCUACAUCGAAGGACUGAACAUGUCUGUGCCAAACGUCACCGAGCGAGUGGAGAUGUACAGGCUCCAGCAGACGCUCAAAGCACGCAACAACGACACCCACAGCCUGUCUCAGGGAAAGGCCCAGAUCUUCAUGACCCCAGAGGACUUCAACUUGAAGCUCGGGUCCGAGGUGCCGAAUGAGGAGGCGAACUUGGCGAUGUCCAUUUCAGCAGGCCUCGCUGGCUACGCCACCUCCAUUCUGCUGGUGCUGAUCGGGCUGGCUGUAGGGCCUGGAGAGGAUCAGGUGAGCCUGAACUACCAACUCUUGCCGCUGGUGCUGAAGUUCCUGCUGCGGCCAUUGCUGGGUGAGUCGUCAGUCACGGAGCAGCCCGACCCUUUCAGAGACCCAGUGGAGUUGGCCUUCCCAGCAAGCCCUAUCUUGAUUGGCGGCGUCGUUGGUCUGGUCAUCACCUCUCUGAAUCUGCUUGCGCUGGGCCGCUUGGAUGGUGCUGUCCUUGCGCGGGCCUUGCGCUUGAACGUCAGCAUCAUUGGCGUAGCCCUGUUACUCAGCGGCAGCUUAAGCAGCCCUACCGGUUUCAUGUACGGUGCUUUCGCGUUUUACGCCAUUCUCCUGCAGGGAGGCUACAACUCUCCUGCACGAGAUGCGGUGUCUGAGCCGGAUGCAGCGCUCAAAUUCCUGGCCACCGCGCUUGUGGCCUCUGGCAUCGUCCUGUCCAUACCUGGUUCGCUGCUGCCUGGGCUCUGA